GUCAGUCAUUCCAUUCGGCAUCGCUUUGUGUCGUCGAGUCUUUCCGCGCUUGUGCUUUGUCCGUUUUUUGAUCCGUGGCUGGAAUGUGAAGUGCAGUUUUGCCAUUGUUGCAGGCUCGCUAGCGUUCCUCAAAUUAAGGCCUAUGAAUGUCAUGCGGGCAAGUUUGGACUUAAGCGGCCCAAAACUUUGCUCAUCUGUUUUGCGUGUCAAGUGGAAGUGAAGCCGGCAGACUCCGGAGGGGAAGCUGGCUUUGUAAAUGAUCAGUGAGCUCGCGGGUUCAAAGGUCGCGCUCAGGGAGUCGCCGCCGUUGGAAUUUGGCCGAUCGGACGCCGCUUCGUGUUCAGUCACUCUCUCGGGAGGCAGCCGCCGCCAGCACCGCUCUGCUUCUGCGCUCCUCCUCCCGCGACUUCCCAUCUCCAGCAUGGAAGUGACCGUGGAUGACAUCAUGGUCCACGUCUCAGCCGAGCAGGAGCACGCCUCGCCCGACUACAUGGACACCAGGGACGGAGACAAACGUAGCCGAUCCUCUUCGUCUUCAUCCUCGUCCGACCACGAGGAUGAGGUGAAAGCCCGAGAGAAGGCGGCGGCCAAGGUGCUGAUGGAGAUGAAGGCUACCUUCCAGAAGGCCCAAGCCGAGGAGGCGACCGGCUCGUCCAGGCGCUCCUCAUCCUCCUCCUCUUCACCCUCGCCGGAGGACAACGUCGACGACGGGAUGGUGAUGGCCUACAAGCACCAAAAGUCCGACUCCAAAGCCGCCGAAGAGGACGAGCCGGUGAACUACGCCAUCAAGACCCUGGAAAACGUCAGCCUGGAUCCGACAGCCCUCGGGCCGGUCCAGCCCGACCAUCCCGACAAUCCCGAGAUCUCGCUCUUCGUCAAGGCGGGCAGCGACGGCGAGAGCAUUGGCAACUGUCCGUUCUCCCAGCGCCUCUUCAUGAUCUUGUGGCUCAAAGGGGUCGUCUUCAACGUCACCACCGUGGACCUCAAGAGGAAGCCGACGGACCUCAACAACCUGGCGCCCGGCACCCACCCGCCGUUCCUCACCUACGACGGCGACGUCAAGACGGACAUCAACAAGAUCGAAGAGUUCCUGGAGGAAAUGCUGUCGCCGCCCAAGUACCCCAAACUGGCAGCCAAGCAGAGGGAGUCCAACACGGCCGGCAACGACAUCUUCGCAAAGUUCUCCGCCUUCAUCAAGAACACCAAAAUGGACGCCAACGACGCCCUGGAGAAAGCGCUGACGAAGGCCCUGAAGAAGCUCGAUGACUACCUGAACAGUCCGCUGCCUGACGAGGUCGACGGCAACAGCGCCGAGGAGGAAAAGCCGUCCAGGAGAAACUUUCUGGACGGAAACCGGCUCACGCUGGCCGACUGCAACCUCCUGCCCAAACUGCACAUUGUCAAGGUGGUGGCCAAGAAGUACCGGAACUACGACAUCCCCUCGGACAUGACGGGGAUCUGGCGCUACCUGAAGAACGCGGCCGCCCGCGACGAGUUCAACAACACGUGCGCCGCCGACUCCGAGAUCGAGAUGGCCUACAAGGACGUGGCCAAGAGGCUGGCCAAGUAGCCCCUUAACUCGCCCAACCUUCCUUUUUUCCCCUUGCCUCGGCCCUCCAGAGAUUUAUUAGUUUAAGGAUGCUCAAAGGCGCUCUGAUGCGAGCGGCGCUCCCGGGGCCUGCCGUCUGGAUUUAUACGUCGUGACACAAAGCUCCCUUUCACAUGUGCCGCAAAGCUUUGACUCACAGGCGCGUCCAGGCGGUGAGAUUUAUUUAUCCCCACGCCCGAGGCCGUCUCGCCCGACUCCGAUGUUUAUUAUUGAGGUCCCGCCGUGGCCCGUCCUCCCCCGGGACGGCGCCUACGAGCCGUCAACGUCAAUGUUCCUUUUGGUCCUCAUUAAGCGCCGCCGGUUCUGCCUCUUCACGCUUUCACAAAAAGAAAUACAGCGGGUACGGGGUGGGGGAGGGAUACGUUCCGGGCCCACUCGUCAUUUAUGAAAUGCAGAAACCGUAGGAAAAAUUGGGUCUAGAGAUGCGGGCCCCAAGUCAAAUCAGUUUACUCGAUCCCAUUGUCAGCGCGAUGUACGCUUUUUACAUCUCAAAUGAAAGAAUAUACAGAGUACAGCGGGUGGUGGAGAGGAAUCCCAAGUCAUUAAACAUUCAGUGGGAUAACAAAUAUUAUCAAAAAAAGGAAUAAAAAAAAUAACCAACCAUCAUGUGGUUUAUUUGUAGUUUCUAUUACAACAGCAACGUGCAAAAAUAACUUUCAGCGCACAAUUGAACAACAAAAAUCACUCAAAAUGUAGUAAAACAGCAUUAAAUGCAAAGAAUUAUGGAAAUAAAUCACCUCAAACUGUGAUCAAAGUGGUUUAAAAAAUUGUCAGCUCCUUAUUAGGCCACAGUAGUAGUAACCAUUCCUUGCAGAGGAUAAAG